AUAAAAGGGGAGAUUUAUCGCAGAGCCAUUUACUCUGCCUCCGUCUUUGCUCAUCCUCAGCAUCACUUUUGUAACAGGACCAUGUCUUUGGCUCACCAAACAAUGAAAAAAACCUUCAGUACUGCUUCUGCUGUGCCAGCCGGGGCAAACCGAAACAGCUUCAGCUCUUAUUCAACCGUUCGCUCCAGCAGUGGUGGUUUAGGUGGUGGCCGGGCCAGCACUGGUGGCUUUGGCAGCAGAAGUCUCCAAAACUUAGGAUAUGGCAAAAGAAUGUCACAGAGUUCCCAGUCCCGUUAUGGAUAUGGCUCUGGGUUUGGAGCUGGUAGUGGAUCUGGCUUUGCAAUUGGCGGAGGAGCAGGCUACGGAGUGGGCUCUGGAUUUGGUGCUGGUCACGGAUUUGGUGGUGGUCAAGGGUAUGGUGGUGGUCAAGGGUUUGGUGGUGGUCAAGGGUUUGGUGGUGGAGCUGGAUUUCCAGUGUGCCCACCUGGGGGGAUCCAAGAAGUCACAAUUAAUCAGAGCCUUUUAGCUCCCCUCAAUCUGGAAAUUGACCCAAAUAUUCAGAGAGUCCGCACAGAAGAGAGAGAGCAGAUUAAGACCCUCAACAAUAAGUUUGCAUCUUUUAUCGACAAGGUCCGUUUCUUAGAGCAACAGAAUAAAGUACUGGAGACAAAAUGGAGUCUCUUGCAAGAGCAAGGUGUCAAAACUGUUAGAAGCAACAUUGAACCUAUGUUUGAAAGCUACAUUAAUACACUUCGGAGACAGCUAGACAGCCUAGUGAAUGACAAAUCUCGUUUGGAUUCAGAACUUAGACAAAUGCAGGAUUGUGUUGAGGAUUUCAAAAACAAAUAUGAAGAUGAAAUUAACAAGAGAACAGCAGCAGAGAAUGAAUUUGUGGUGCUUAAAAAGGAUGUGGAUGCUGCUUACAUGAACAAGGUUGAGCUGGAAUGCAAGGUUGAUGCCCUGACUGAUGAGAUCAACUUCCUGAGGGCUCUGUAUGAAGCGGAACUCCUUCAAAUGCAAGGACAGAUCUCAGAUACCCAGGUGGUUUUGUCCAUGGACAACAACAGAGUUUUGGAUCUGGAUUGCAUCAUUGCAGAAGUCAAGGCUCAAUAUGAGGACAUUGCCAACAGAAGCCGCAAAGAAGCAGAAUCCUGGUACCAAACUAAAUAUGAGGAGCUCCAGGUUUCAGCUGGCAGACAUGGUGAUGAUCUGAAGAGCACAAAAACUGAAAUAUCUGAACUGAACCGUAUGAUUACUAGACUGCGCUCUGAAAUUGAAAACGUGAAGAAACAGUGUGCCAAGCUACAGGCUUCAAUUGCUGAGGCAGAAGAACGUGGAGAGCUUGCAAUAAAAGAUGCCAAGCACAAACUUAUUGAGUUAGAGGAAGCUCUGCAGAAGGCCAAGCAGGACAUGGCUCGACAACUGAAAGACUAUCAGGAGUUGAUGAAUGUCAAACUCGCCCUUGAUAUUGAAAUUGCCACUUACAGAAAACUGCUGGAAGGAGAGGAAAGCAGGUUGGCAGGGGAUGGUGUAGGAGCUGUGAACAUCUCUGUUGUAAGUUCAUCCUAUGGUAACAGUGGUGGAUACAGUAUGGGCGGUGGAAGUGGAGGAAGUGGAUACGGUAUGGGCGGCGGAAGUGGAUACGGUAUGGGCGGUGGAAGUGGAUACGGUAUGGGAGGUGGAAGUGGAAUCGGUUUCGGAGGUGGAAGUGGAUACGGUGUUGGAGGAGGAAGCAGCGGCUAUGGUGCAGGAGGAAGCUAUGGUGGAGGAAGCUUCAGUGCUGGCAGUGGAAAACUGGCUGGUUUUGGCUCUGGAAGUGGCAGUAAUUCAAGUGUAAAAAUUAUCUCAAAGACCUCCACAAGUUCCAGGAGGCAUUAAAAUGUCAUUCGCAAUGCCACAU